AUGUCCCAGUUCUUUCGUGUAGUACAACUGCGUAUCCAAAAAAGUUUGCGGAAGUUUAGCUGUCUUGCCAUGGAUUCUCAGCGCCACAAAAAACAAAUCGAAGUCGGUGAAGAAUCUCAAGAGAAAGAUAGUGGAGUGAAAUCGGAACCUAGAUCCUAUCGAGGAGAAAGUUUUCGGAAGGAGUGUUAG